AUGUAUAAAUUGCUGGAAGAACCCCCGCCGGCCUCCCCAGAAUUCCAACCUAUUUUGUUCGAGAGAAAUUAAAAACCCUAGAGGCUAGAGAAGAGAGCAGAGACCCAUGGAUCCCCAGCAGCCAGCAGAGCCAGUGUACUACAUUUGUGGAGAUUGCGGCAUGGAGAUCCCUUUGAAGCCAAACGAUGUGAUACAGUGCCGCGAGUGCGGUUACCGCAUCUUAUACAAGAAGCGCACUCGUCGCAUUGUUCAGUAUGAGGCACGCUGAAGAAACCCUGCAGAGGAUGGGCAUUGCAAAACCGAAUAAGGGCAAGUGUCGUGGUUUAGCAACGUAAUCUUUUUCUGCUUUGGUCUGUUUGUGCCAAUUGGAACUAUAUAGUCUGAUAAUCUCUUGAACUGGUUUCUCAAUGUAAUGGGUGCUCGUGUGUAAUCUGUAAUCAUUUAGGACUGACUGAUUAUGUAAUGGUAAUAUAGUCUAUGAAAUAUGCAUUGGCCACCUUGGGAUGAUAA